AUCACGCACGCGCGCCUUCUAGCGCGUGAGCACGCUCUCGCGCGCGUUGCUCUUGGGCCUUCAUUCUUUCUGUAGAACCAUUUUUUUUUUUUUUUUUAAAUCUCAGUUCGCAAUGUUCCCGGAACUCAAUAACCUUCUCAGCACCGCCCCAGACAGGACCGAGCAGGGGAAACUAACUCUACUCUGUGAUGCCAAGACAGAUGGCAGCUUUCUUGUGCAUCAUUUCCUUUCUUUCUACCUCAAAGCUAAUUGUAAAGUCUGCUUUGUGGCACUAGUCCAGUCCUUCAGCCACUACAAUAUUGUGGGACAGAAGCUGGGUGUCAGCCUGACAGCGGCACGGGAACGCGGGCAGCUUGUGUUCCUGGAGGGCCUCAAGUCCUCUGUGGAUAUCCUUUUCCAUGCUCAGGACAAGGAGCCUCAUCCCCUGCAGUUUCUCAGGGACGCCAGGGCAGGGAACCUACAGUCGCUGUAUGAGUUUGUACAGGACACCCUGACGCCUGCGGACAGUGGGGACACUCCAUGGAAGUACCCCGUGCUGUUGGUGGACAACCUCAGUGUGCUGCUGAGCCUGGGCGUGGGGGCAGUUGCCGUGCUGGACUUCAUGCAGUACUGCAGGGCCACGGUGUGCCGCAAGCUGAAGGGAAACGUGGUGGCCCUUGUGCAUGACAACAACGAUGCUGACGAUGAAGAGAAUGACACCCUGCUGAAUGGCCUCAGUCAUCAAAGCCACCUGAUCCUGCGGGCUGAGGGUCUGGCCACCGGGUUCUGCAAGGACGUGCAUGGGCAGCUGAGCAUCCUCUGGAGGAAGCUGUCACAGACCACGGCCCAGCGGGAUCGAAGUCUCACCUACCAGUACAAGAUACAGGAUAAGAAUGUGUCUUUUUUUGCCAAAGGAAUGUCUCCUGCUGUUCUGUGACCUGAUUUGGGGACAACUAAAGUGACUUGGGAUGGUUUUGAAUGUGGAAGAUAAAUCACCUGGGCAGGAAUGGGCCUUUGGACCUCUGGCACACUCUUCAGGCUGGACUGCAGCUCUGCUGUGACCAGGGAGGCUGGGAUGGCGCUGUGAGGAUGUGAACGCCUCUGCUCCCCAGGCUUUGCUCAGGAAACACAGUGAGGAUGUGCACGUGGCUUCUGCUGAGAGAGGCUGCAUGCUGAAGCGGUCCUUUGGAGCAUCCCCUGUAACUUCAGCCUCACCUGGCCGUUGUUUGGAGGUUGUGCCAUUAGGAGCAGGUAGAGUGAGGCAGUCAGGAAGUUGUCCUGAGUGUCCAUCCUGGCUGACUUCUAGGAUAACGAUGGCUGGAAUAAAGACAGUUCCACAACCCUC